UAAAGAAGAUGCUCAUGACUCAAUGGUUCAUAGUUUCCGACAUGGCUUCUCAGGUUUUGCAGCCAAGCUUACCAAAUCUCAAGCCAAGGAUAUAUCAGCCUUACCUGAAGUUAUUCAUGUCAUACCGGAUAGUUUCUACAAGCUGGCAACAACUAGGACAUGGGACUACUUAGGUGUUUCUGCCACUGAUCCAAAGAAUCUUCUUAAUGAUGCUAAUAUGGGUGAUCAGAUUAUCGUCGGCAUUAUCGACACUGGAGUUUGGCCAGAAUCUGAAGUAUUUAACGACAAUGGGAUUGGAUCGGUGCCGAGUCACUGGAAAGGAAGCUGUCAAUCAGGAGAGAUGUUCAACUCCUCCCACUGCAAUAAAAAGCUUAUAGGAGCAAAGUAUUUCCUCGAUGCUUUUGUUGUGGAGAACGGAAACUUCAACUCCACAGAAUCACUUGACUUCAUUUCCCCUAGAGACCUUAAUGGUCAUGGCACGCAUGUUGCUACCAUCGCGGCAGGUUCGUACGUGCCCAAUACAAGCUACAAGGGGCUAGCUGGAGGGACUGUAAGAGGUGGGGCACCCCGUGCUCGUAUAGCAGUUUACAAAACUUGUUGGUAUCUAGAUGAUCGAGGCACAUAUUUAUGUUCGUCCGCAGACAUCUUGAAAGCAAUGGACGAGGCAAUCCAUGAUGGUGUUGAUAUUAUGUCUCUUUCUCUAGGCUAUGAACCUCUGUUUCCAGAAACAGAUGUUCGCGAUGGGAUAGCUACUGGGGCAUUCCAUGCAGUCUUAAAGGGUAUUGCAGUUGUUUGUGCGGGUGCUAAUGCAGGCCCAGCGGCUCAGACAGUUACAAACUUGGCUCCUUGGAUUAUCACAGUGGCUGCUACCACUCUAGACCGAUCCUUUCCCACACAUUUGACACUUGGGAACAACAGAGUGAUACUGGGUCAAGCAAUGUACACAGGUCCAGAACUUGGCUUCACUAGCUUGGUUUACCCAGAGGAUCCAGGAAACAGUAAUGAAACCUUUAGUGGUACCUGUGAGCGUCUUCUUAUCAAUUCUGAUCUUACAAUGGCGGGGAAAGUCGUGUUGUGUUUCACAACAUCACCUUACGGUACUGCCGUAUCGAGGGCUGCACGCUAUGUGAAGCGAGCCGGUGGUCUUGGCGUAAUCAUCGCAGGACAGCCAGGCAACAUUAUCCGACCAUGUGUAGAUGAUUUCCCUUGUGUUUCUGUUGACUACGAGCUCGGGACCAACAUACUUCUUUACAUACGUUCCAGUGGAUUGCCUCUUGUGAAGAUACAACCAUCUAGAACACUCAUCGGACAACCAGUUGGUACUAAGGUGGCAACUUUCUCAUCUAGAGGACCUAAUCCAAUUUCACCCGCAAUCCUUAAACCAGAUAUAGCAGCACCAGGAGUGAGCAUAUUAGCGGCUACAACCACCAACACCACACUAAACGACCGAGGAUACAUUUUUCUGUCGGGAACAUCAAUGUCAACUCCUACCAUUUCAGGAGUUAUUGCGCUUCUCAAAACUCUGCACCCUGAUUGGUCCCCUGCUGCCUUUAGAUCAGCCAUGGUCACUACAGCUUGGAGAACAGAUCCACUGGGAGAGCAGAUUUUUGCAGAAGGGUCGCCUCGGAAGCUUGCUGAUCCGUUUGACUACGGUGGAGGCGUUGUGAAUCCAGAGAAAGCAGCAAAACCAGGUCUCAUAUACGACUUGGGCCUCGAAGACUAUGUUCUAUAUAUGUGCUCUGCUGGUUACAACGAGUCAGCAAUCUCUCAGCUUGUCGGUAAAUCAACAUCCUGCUCGAAUCCCAGACCAUCUGUUCUUGAUUUCAAUCUGCCUUCAAUCACAAUACCAAACCUCAAAGAAGAAGUUAGUCUAACCAGAAUCCUAACUAAUGUUGGACCACUAGACUCGGUCUAUAAAGUAGCGGUUAAACCACCGAUGGGAGUUCAUGUGACCGUGACGCCUGAGACUCUAGUGUUCAACUCAACGACCAAACGGGUCUCUUUCAAAGUCAACGUGUCAACCGCACACAAAAUCAACACAGGCUACUAUUUUGGAAGCUUGACUUGGAGCGACUCUGUGCAUAAUGUGACCAUUCCUUUAUCUGUGAGAACGCAAAUUCUGCCCUUCUACUACGACGAGAACUAGAAAAGAAAGAAAACUAACCAUUCAUGACCUUUUAUAGCUUUGUCGUUAGAUUGUGUUUAUGAAAGCGUUUAACUACUUGACUAAGUGACAUUGGAUAAUAAAUAUAUUAAAUAAAAAU